GUCAUGCACAGAUUGUCCAUCUCUUAUUAGAAAGAAAUAAGUUUGGAACUAUCCCAUCUGAUAGUCAAGGUGCAACACCCCUACAUUAUGCAGCACAGAGCAACUUUGCUGAAACAGUUGAAGUAUUUUUGAAACAUCCUUCUGUAAAAGAUGACUCUGAUCUUGAGGGAAGAACAUCCUUCAUGUGGGCAGCUGGCAAAGGCAGUGAUGAUGUCAUUAGGACUAUGCUGGCUUUAAAAUUGGAUAUUGAUAUCAAUAUGACAGACAAAUAUGCUGGCACAGCGUUACAUGCUGCUGCCCUUUCUGGCCACGUCAGCACAGUGAAAUUGCUGUUGGAACAUAAUGCGCAGGUAGAUGCUUUGGAUGUGAUGAAACAUACCCCACUUUUCCGAGCCUGUGAGAUGGGACACAAAGAAGUGAUACAAACACUCAUUAAAGGAGGAGCAAGAGUAGAUCUGGUUGACCAAGAUGGCCAUUCACCCCUUCACUGGGCAGCCCUGGGAGGAAAUGCUGAUGUGUGCCAAAUCUUGAUAGAAAAUAAAAUCAACCCUAAUGUGCAGGAUUAUGCAGGUAGAACACCUCUGCAAUGUGCUGCUUAUGGAGGUUACAUUAACUGCAUGGUAGUGUUACUGGAAAACAAUGCAGAUCCAAAUAUCCAGGAUAAAGAGGGAAGAACUGCUUUGCACUGGCUCUGUAACAACGGCUACCUUGAUGCUAUAAAGUUGCUGCUUGGGUUUGAUGCUUUCCCUAAUCAUAUGGAGAACAGUGAGGAGAGAUAUACUCCACUUGAUUAUGCCUUGCUUGGUGAACACCAUGAAGUGAUUCAGUUCAUGUUAGAACACGGGGCUCUGUCUAUAGCUGCCAUACAGGACAUUGCUGCUUUCAAAAUUCAGGCUGUCUACAAAGGAUACAAAGUUAGAAAGGCUUUUCAAGAGAGGAAGAAUCUUUUGAUGAAGCAUGAACAGCUGAGAAAAGAUGCUGCUGCCAAGAAACGUGAAGAGGAAAGUAAGAGAAAAGAAGCCAAGCUGCAGAAAGGGAUGCAGAAUGUGGAACAAAAUAGGUUUCGAGUACAACAGAAUCCUGCAAAUCGAGAGAAGACUACCAGCAUCUCGCAGUUACCUAAUAAACCAUCUGAUAUACAGAAUAAGAGUCCUCUGUCCCUCAGCGCUUCGCAAAUUCAACCAGGGAGAAACAGUAGAGGUUCACCUAAAGCUUGUCACAACAAAGGGACACCAAAGGAGAGUUGCCUGUCGGCAGAGCCUCAGGGUGAAGGUCAUAAAAUCAAACAAGAUUCAUUGAGGAAACACCUCAAAAGCAAGUCAAGUUGUGUCCAUUUCCAUUGUGGCAAAGCAAAAGAGGGAACAAAAGUUGAAGUGAAACAUCAGGUUGUGGCUGCUACAGAACUGGAUGGAGAAAAGCACAAGGAGCACACCAUCGAGGCAACUAGUACUUGUGCUCGGAGGAGCAGAAGGCAUACUUCUGCUGCUUCUAGGACUGCUAGCGUUGGGGAAAAAUUAAGAGAUCAAAGUCAGUCUUCAUCUGGCAACAGAGACCAUUGCGAAGGAACGGCUGUGUUCUUCUGCAAUGUCAGUUGUACUGGUGGAAUUGCAAGGAACUCAAAGCAGUGUGAAGCUUCUUCCAAAGGCAAAAGGCAUCAGCAGAAAUCCAGAAAUAAAGAGGUAAAUGAUGAGCGAUGUUCACCAGCUGGCUCUAGUAGACCAGGAAGUGCCAAAACGGUAUUUGUAAACACCAGAAAUGACAGUGUGCAUGCUGUAGAACAAACUAACAAAGUGGGAAAUUACGAAUUAGCAAAAAAGUCCUCCCCUUUAUUGUCUGCUGAGGCAGAACCUACAGGAAGAGUGCCAAGAAACCCAGCAGCGUGUUCUGCCUCCAGUGACAGUCUGAACUUGGAAAAAACAGGCGUAAUUGGAUCCAGGAAUGCAGAUGAUCAAUUAUGUUCUGUCGCAUGGCAAAGUACAAAUAUUGAACUAAUCCCUUUAGAGAUUCGAAUGCAGAUAAUAGAAAAAGAAAGAAAAAGAAAAGAGCUGUUUCGGAAGAAGAACUACGCUGCUACAGUCAUACAGAGGACAUGGAGAAGUUACCAGCUAAGACAGGAGUUGUUUCAGCUGCUUAGUGCUAAGCGGCAGUGCAAAGAAGAUGAAGACAAAUGGAGACAAGAGACAGCUGCCUUCUUCAUUCAGGUUGCUUGGAAGAAACAGCUGAACCAUAGCCCUCUGAAAUCAGUUCCUUCAUGUAAAAAUCUGAAAUCUAUAAACAAAACCAGCUCAACCAUAAAAACCAGCAAGCAGUCCAUCCUUAAGCAGAUAUAUGGACGUUCUCAGGAAGGCAAAGUGUGUCAGCCAACAAGACCUCCCUCUAAGCUGAAACUUUCAGAUGUGCAGCUAGUCUCAGGUGCCUGGAGUAGGUCAGGAUGGACUGUACAGUUUGAGUCUUUUCUUGCAGAAGUAAACAACCUACACUGUGUUAAUUUGCUGGAGAACAUGGGAAAAUCAAAACAAUUUUCAUACAAUAUGAGACCAACGACUGCUGCAAAAUCAAAAAGUACAAGACUGAAGCACUAA